GCGAGUAAUAAAAAAAUCAAAGCCACCAUCCACUCAUUUUCGCCUUUCUUCAUCCUUCUUAUAAAUCCGCCAUUUUCAACACUCUUUCAAGCUCUCUCAAAUUCCGCCAUGAAAAUUUCAUAAGAAAAACCCAUCACUAUAAAGCACCGUUUUCACCAAAUCUGAGAAUUCUUCACUCACAUUUGAAACUCCUUUAUUUUUCUCUUUUUUUUUGUGAAUUUUCCAGAUAUGGUUUUCCUGGAAAAUUCUCAUUCUCAUGUGUCUUCUACUACCCAAACACGGCCUAAUUAUUACUACACUCCACCACCUUCCUCUACCAAAGCCCACCGUUCACUUGGCCGGUCCAUGCGCACUAUUCGGUCCACUCUGUACCAAGCGGAAACUAACUCCGGCCCGGUUUACGAGAAUCUCACAGAUUCCAUUGUCGAUUUUCGGCUCAGCGAGCUCGCAAAAAAACCGCCGCCGCCGAUUCAUAAAUCUGACGUGGAUUUUCUGGAACUUUCUAGAUCUUUCAGUGAUUUCUCGGCGUGUAGCAGUGAUAUCUCCGGCGAGUUGGAACGUCUCGCGCAGGUUCCAAUUUCGGAUCAGAACUGGAGCUCCGAAACCGAACCUGAACCUUGCGUGGGAUUUCUAGAGAGAGAUUCGUUUUCAACGGAGAUAAUAGAGAGUAUUGAACCGGAAGAUCUUCAGCCGACGGUGAAACUCUGCGUCGACAGUUUAAAGUCACUGUCGGCGGCCGUGAAGAGAUCGGCGGCAGCGAAAUUGAGGCUCUUAGCAAAGAACCGAGCUGAAAAUCGCGCAUUAAUCGGCGAGUCUGGCGCGGUUCCGGCAUUGUUGCCGCUCCUCCGGUGCUCCGAUCCGUGGACUCAGGAACACGCCGUAACGGCGCUCCUCAAUCUCUCGCUUCACGAGCCGAACAAAACCCUAAUUACAAAUUCUGGAGCUAUAAAAUCCCUCAUUUACGUUUUAAAAACGGGGACGGAAACGUCCAAGCAAAAUGCAGCUUGUGCUCUGUUAAGUUUAGCUUUGAUCGAUGAAAAUAAGCUCUCAAUCGGUGCUUGUGGUGCUAUUGCGCCGUUAGUUGCUCUGUUAAUUAACGGAACAAAUCGGGGUAAAAAGGAUGCAUUAACAACGCUGUAUAAGUUGUGUACAGUGAGGUUGAAUAAAGAGCGGGCCGUGAAUGCGGGUGCUGUGAAGCCGUUAGUGGGGUUAGUGUGUGAGGAGGGUGGAGGGUUAGCCGAGAAGGCUAUGGUGGUGUUGAGUAGCUUAGCGGGGAUUGAGACGGGGAGAGAAGAGAUUAUUGAGGAAGGUGGGAUUGGUGCACUGGUGGAAGUGAUUGAAGAUGGAAGUAACAAAGGGAAGGAAUUUGCAGUGGUGACGCUUUUGCAGCUGUGUGUUGACAGUGUGUGGAAUAGAGGGAUUCUUGUUAGGGAAGGAGGGAUUCCUCCUCUUGUUGCCUUGUCGCAGAAUGGAACUGCUAAAGCUAAGCAUAAGGCGGAAACGUUACUCGGAUACUUGAGGGAACCAAGACAAGAAGUUUCUACUUCAACUCCUUAGAAAGUUAGCUUAGAUGAUCUUCUACAUUGGCAUCGUCUGUUUAUAGGAAGUGGUACGAAGAAGUUUGUACAGAGUGGUUACAAAUUUAGGAGUUCACGACAUAUGUCGGGUAAUCUAAAAAAUAAAUAUGAAGCUUAAGGAAGCUGACUUAUUUAGGUGAAUUCUUUAGUAGGUAUUACAGAGGAGCUGGGCAGGGAUUGUGGGAAGGUUCUCAUGUUUCUCUGAAUUAUUAUCUGUUGUAUGUUUUGGGGGAGAAGGUUGUUCGCCUAGUUGUUUGGUAAGAAUUUGAUAAUCAUCCCUUAGUUUUGUUUAGGAGUUUAGCGUAGGGUCUAUCCGAAACAGCCUCUUUACCCUUCCAAGGUAGGGUAAGGCUACGUACAUCUUAUAGGAAUCUUAUCCUUCGUAGACCCCACUCGUGGGUAUUCGCUGGGUUUGUUGUUGUUGUAGUAGUUUUAUUUAGGAGGUCCAAAUUUUUCUGAAAGGGUUACUAAUUUUCUGAUUUUUAGUGUGUAAAAAAGCAACUAUUCAGUAUGCUUGAGUUUCUUUUUUUCUUGAACAAGAAUAUACUGUAGUGUAUGCUGUAACAUAUGUGGCCAUUAAUGAGAUAUUUCUUGAUUUUAUGACUGAA